AUGUCGGUUAAUACAGCCAAUACUCCUGAUGGACAAGGAGUUUUGAUUUUUAAUGGAGAAGUCAUACUGGUAUUUGGACAAGGUGUUGUGAUGUCUUUUGAGAAAAACCCCAAUGAGAAUCUACAUGGAAAACACAAUGGCUCGGUUUAUUUGACUUCACAUCGUGUGAUUUUCAUGCCCGAGAAUGGCAAAUAUUUCAAAUCAUUUGAGAUGCCUUUCUCUUCCAUGCAAGAUGUACAUUUGGAACAACCCAUCUUUGGUACGUUUGUCAAUGGUGCAUGUCCAGGUGCAAACUACUUGAGAGGAAUUGCUGUAGCGAUGGCUGGCUCGCAGUUGAGUGGUGAAAUCCCUUGGCGUCUAACAUUUAACAAAGGAGGCUGCAUCGAUUUUGGUCGUUCUCUACUGGAAGCUGUCGAUAGAGCCGAAAAAUUCCGUCCCGCAAACGCACCUCCAGCUUACGCUCCACCAUGUGGUGAUUUCUACGCUGCUCCUCCAGAUUAUUAUGCUCCUUCCUCUGACGGACACAAUGGUUUUCUACCGCCCACCCAUGCUUUUCCGGAUCGUCCUCAGUCAAACACAGUAUUCAUGCGUGAAGCCCCACCUCCGUAUCCAGGAAUUGGUCCAGAUCGUCCUCCCAUGCCGACUGAGCAGCUUCAUCGUGCUGGAACGACAUCAAACUUCGUCUGA